AUGAAUUGGAAUCAACAGCAACGAGAAGAUAUAUGGACCCACAAAAGGAGCGGGGCUCGUGGCAGCCUGGCCGUCCUGCUGCGCUCCUCUCCAGGCUGCAGGCAGCGAGAACAAACGCACCUGGGCAGGGCCAUUUUUGCAACCUCCUGGCAGCUCGGAACCUCUGAACCGCAGAAAGGUGGGGAACCUCAAUGCGCACGAAAACUCCACCCCGGGUGCAUUAGCUGCCACUGGACGUGCCUGCGCCGGGCCGGCGUCUCCUGCACCAUCGUGGCCUUUGGAAGGCUGCUCCGUGGUCCACACCUCCCUCCCCUGGAGCAGCCCUGCUGGGCCUUUCGGAAAAGCCGGCGCCCCGCAGGGGUCCCAGCAGAGGGCCUGCCCUGGGCGCCCCCUUACCCGCAGGAGCACAGGUCGCAGAUGCACUUCCUCUUCAAGGGACCCAUGCUGAGCCCCCGGGUCCGCGCAGGGCAUCCCCCAGCGCGCCACGUCCAGUGUCCUCGGCUUCACCCAGAAGAAGUGGCAGCGUCCCUUCUGCGAAGACGAGGCCGUCGGGUCCCGCGUCGGGCGUCCCUGCUAGCGCCCCGGCCUCCGCACAGCGACCACCCGGCAGCAGCCUGGCCCGUGCGCCCCUCUAUGACCGGAGCAGUGAGGCCACACGCGGCCGCUGUGACGUCGGGCAGCCCCUGGGCCUCGCCUCGUGGAAUCUACGCAAGGGUUCGCCCCUCGCACCAGGAGACCCCGGAAGGAAGGUGGGACUGCGGCGGCCAGGACACCUUCAUGGAGAACGACUUCACGAGCCAGCGAGACAACAUCUUCCGGAACGUGGAGGUGCUCAUUUACGUUUUCGACGUGGAGAGCCGCGAGCUGGAGAAGGACAUGCACUAUUACCAGUCGUGCUUGGAGGCCAUCCUGCAGAACUCGCCCGACGCCAAAAUCUUCUGCCUGGUGCACAAGAUGGACCUGGUGCAGGAGGACCAGCGCGACCUGAUCUUCAAGGAGCGGGAGGAGGACCUGCGGCGCCCGCUCGAGUGCGCCUGCUUCCGCACCUCCAUCUGGGACGAGACGCUCUACAAAGCCUGGUCCAGCAUCGUCUACCAGCUCAUCCCCAACGUGCAGCAGCUGGAGAUGAACCUGAGGAAUUUCGCCCAGAUCAUCGAGGCCGACGAAGUGCUGCUGUUCGAGCGCGCCACCUUCCUGGUCAUUUCCCACUACCAGUGCAAGGAGCAGCGCGACGUCCACCGCUUCGAGAAGAUCAGCAACAUCAUCAAGCAGUUCAAGCUGAGCUGCAGCAAGUUGGCCGCCUCCUUCCAGAGCAUGGAAGUCAGGAAUUCCAACUUCGCCGCCUUCAUCGACAUCUUCACCUCCAACACCUAUGUGAUGGUGGUCAUGUCCGACCCGUCCAUCCCGUCCGCCGCCACCCUCAUCAACAUUCGCAAUGCCAGGAAACACUUUGAGAAGCUCGAGAGGGUGGACGGCCCCAAGCACAGCCUCCUCAUGCGCUGA